CUACCAUCCACUCUUCAUUCAUCUACUCUCUCUCUCUCUCUCUCUCUAUAAAAGCAAAACCAUCCAUCCAACCAUCCUCCCCUCUCUCUCACCUUUUCAACCAUGGCUGACCCCUACUCAAAUUUCUACUCUCAAUGGUUCAAAUUCAACCCUCUCUAUCUCUCUUCUCCAAACCCCCCUCCUCCUCAACUUCCUCAACCUCCCUCCUCUACCCAAAACUUCUACUCAUCAAAUGGUUUUUUCAACCUCAACAACCCCAUUCCCUACCAAACCCCACCUCCCUCUCCUCCUCUCAAAGAAGCCCUACCUCUCCUUAGCCUAAGCCCAUCAAGACAUGAUGCUCAAGAACCCUCUUGUACUUCCAUGGAUGUGGACAAGAAAAAGCUCAGGCUAGAAAGCCAAAGCCUCUUCUCAUCAAGUAGUACUAGAGCUGGUGAUGAUGAUGAUGGUGAUGAAGAUGAUGAUGGUGAAACUGUUACUGUAGCACUUCACAUAGGGCUUCCAAACCCUAGUGCUUCUGAUCUAGCCUCUAUGCUCUCGUCUUCUUCUACUGAAAUCACUGAUGAUCAUAAAGAUGGAGAUGGUGGUGGUGAUGUUUCUGGGUACCCUAUGAAUAGACUCAACAAGGGACAGUAUUGGAUCCCUACCCCUUCUCAGAUUCUCAUUGGUCCUACACAGUUCUCAUGUCCUGUUUGCUACAAGACCUUCAACAGAUACAACAACAUGCAGAUGCAUAUGUGGGGGCAUGGAUCACAGUAUAGGAAAGGGCCAGAAUCUUUAAGGGGGACUCAACCAACAGGCAUGCUGAGGCUUCCUUGCUAUUGUUGUGCACCAGGGUGCAGGAACAACAUUGAUCACCCACGGUCGAAGCCGCUUAAAGAUUUCAGAACCCUUCAAACUCACUACAAGAGGAAGCAUGGAAUCAAGCCUUUCAUGUGUAGAAAAUGUGGCAAGGCCUUUGCUGUGAGGGGGGAUUGGAGGACCCAUGAGAAGAAUUGUGGGAAGCUUUGGUAUUGCAUAUGUGGAUCUGAUUUCAAGCACAAGAGGUCUCUUAAAGACCAUAUUAAGGCCUUUGGACAUGGCCAUGGAGCUUUUGGCAUCGAUGGCGGCUUUGAGGAAGAGGAUGAACCAGCAUCAGAAGUUGAACAAGAUGAUGAUUCCAUGCAGUGAGUGAUGAUGAUACAAGAAGAACUGGGGACAACAUUUUAGUGAAGUUUCUUACUUCAUGUGAGUCCUUUUCUAAGUACAAUAGUUUGCAAGAAGUUUAAGAACACAAAACUAAAUAUAAAACCGGACACAGAAAAUAUUUAAAUAGAUAGUAUUUUACAAAA